AAACCGCAGUAUCUUGAUCCUCAGGAGACGUUUGAACACUACGAAAACAGAAGUCGUCCUACCUCGUCCCAGUCUUUCGAUGCAAUUGGCUCUCAUGGAAGACUCGCCUGUGAAUAUCGAGCAGAACCUCAUCAAACAGAUCCUCAUGGAGUGUUGGCGUGCGAAUAUCGAGCGAAUCCCGUUUCAGGCAAUGGAGCGAUGACUCGUGAAUAUCGAGGAAAUCCUCCCUCAGAUGGAAGAUAUCGAGUGGAUGAUGUCCCGAUGCCUGCUCAAGGGGCACCGAAAAUCACAACAUAUUUGCCGGAAACCACUAAAAAAAGAAUUCCACUCGGUGUGAUCCUUGCGGUUGCAAUCGGAGUGCCGGUAGUGCUCGUCUUAUGUCUGUUCGGUGCUGUCUGGCUACAGGAGUUGGGGAUUUUGUAA